GGUUUUUGGGGGCUGCCUAUCGAUGUCUCGUGAGCCAAUCGCGAUCCAUUUGUUGCGCAGAAAGUAAAACAAAGAUUGGGAGAAAAAAGAUCAAUUAAUUAGCAAUUAGCUGGUGCAAAUAGUGUUCCAGAGGGUGCAAGGCAAACAGAAGCAGCUGAGCGAAUAGUUCCGACCAGGCCCGAACCACCCCCCACCCACAAAACCAAAAUAAACAAGAGCGCUACGUAGUAGGUGGCGUCGGUGGAGGAGGAGGAGGUGGUGGAGACAGCGAGGCAGCAGAAACAAAAGCACGAAACGGCGGACAGAACCAGUCGAAAGAAAACAACAAACCGCUCCGGACGCACUCGAAGCGCUAAUAAAAUUUAUUUUUGUGUUUAGCUCCCCGCCCGCUCUCUGGCCCGUGCUCGUGCUACCGUGUUUCUCUGCUCAUGUGUGUGUGUUUGUGUGUGUCUGUGAAGUGUAUAAAAAUAUUUAAACAAAAAUCACCCGCCAGGCCAGACAAGAAGAUCUGAUCUCCGCCAGAGCAGACAGAAAACCAACAACAACAACAACAACAAGAAAUAUAUAAAGAAGCAACAACGCGACGGUGACGCGGCAAGGUGCUGGAGGUCACCACUCGGCACAUUUCGCGUUCGGUUGUUCUGUCCACCCACCCACCGCCACCCCCCUUCGCAGUGGCCAUAACCCGUAGCCAUUGCCCGUAACCAGUUCCAGUUCCAUCCGCCCGCAACAGCACGCGCGAUCCUAAAGCGAGGCAGCUGAAAGCGAAAAAAGCGAAAAAAAAAUCAGAAAAAACAAUAGCAAACUCACGCGCUUCUCUCAGCCGUUUUAUUGUUCUUUUUUUUUCAUCGCUUUUUUAUUGCUCUCGACUGAUAAACGUCAGUUGAUAAAUAUCGCAUCGCAAACAAACACCAAUUAUUCCAAUAAAGCCAGCGCCAAGUGCGAAUGCGCCCUCGAUUUGUAUGCCAUCAGCAGCACUCGGUUGCCCAUUCCCAUACCCAUUCCUCCUCCGCUGUCCACUACCACAGUACCCAUUCCCAUCCUCGAUCUCAUCCCCAUUACCACGCCACUGACGUCAGUCAUCGACGUUAUCGCUCCUCCGCGAACAUGGUGGCCGUGGAUGGGAUCGGCGGCGUCGGCGGUAUGGGGGGCUCCCUUGAUUCCGGUACCGGAAUGGGCCACUUCAACGAGACGCCGCUAUCAGAACUAAGCGUAGAGACCCGCACCCAGCUAUCCCGCAUGCUCAAUCGCAAGAAGGUCCUGCGCUCCGAGGAGGGCUACCAGCGGGACUGGCGCGGCAUCUCGGAGCUGGCGAAGCAGAAGGGUUUCGUCGAUGAGAAUGCCAAUAAUCCCAUGGAUCUGGUGCUGAUUAGUUGGAGUCAGAGGAGUCCACAGACCGCCAAAGUUGGGCACUUGGAGAACUUCCUCGGUAUCAUCGAUCGCUGGGACGUAUGCGAUGAUAUCCAGGAGAACCUAGCGAAGGACACCGAGCGGUAUCACGUGAAACGAGAGCAGCGACAGGCGGCGCUGGUGGACGCCUGUCCGCCGCCCCCCUCCGACUGCCUGGAGACCAACAACAACUACAGCAACAGCAUUACAGUGGGCCAGAGCGUACAGAUCCUGAGCGACGAGGACCAGCGGUGUGUCCAAAUGGGGAAGCCCCUGCCCCGGUACAAUGCCUGUGUCCUGUACGCCGAGGCGGACAUCGACCAUGCCACAGAGAUAAUGAAUAAUCUAGAAUCCGAGAGAUACAAUCUCAGGCUCUUCCUGCGACAUCGCGAUAUGCUGAUGGGCGUCCCCUUCGAGCACGUCCAGCUCUCCCACUUCAUGGCCACCCGCUGCAACCACCUGAUCGUUGUGCUCACGGAGGAGUUUCUCCGGAGUCCGGAGAACACGUACCUCGUGAACUUCACCCAGAAGAUACAGAUUGAAAAUCACACUCGCAAAAUCAUACCGAUCCUGUACAACCCAGGCAUGCACAUACCACAGACCCUGGGCAUCUACACACACAUCAAGUAUGCCGGUGACUCCAAGCUUUUCAACUUCUGGGAUAAACUGGCCCGAUCCCUGCAUGAUCUGGAUGCGUUUUCGAUUUAUUCAACGCGUCAGGUGCAAACACCAUCGCCCUUGGAGGAAACAGCUCCCCAGGGAGUCCCCACACCCAGCAUUCGGAUACAGAUCAACGACAAAGACAUCACCGACAUGCCCAACUAUAACAAUUGCAGUUCCGCCUCCGAGGCGGAUACCACCAUGGUAUCCAUUUCGGGAGACACCAGUUCCCCCCUGCCGGAGCACAAGCCGAAGAAGAAGGACAAGUUCCUGCGAAAGUUCACCCUGAACUUUGGCAAGUCGCCAAAGAAUACCAGUAGCACUUCAAGUGGCAAGCCCCUGCGGCACGCCCACUCCGUCAGCACGAUCCAUGUCACGGAAAGGGAGAGGACACUAAGUGCCAGCAGUUCGAACAUCUCAACGACAUCGGAGAGCAGGAAGUGGCAGCCGAAUAUCCUCAAGAAGGUCCUGUUCUCGCGAUCCAGCAGCAAGCUGCAGACUCCGGGUUAAAAGUACUCUUAAGAUCCUUCUCAGUAUCUCUCUCCUGCUGUGGAGAGGGAGGCUCAUUCGAUUCCUUGUCGUGUGCCCAGUCUAGUUACGGCCGUAGAGUCGCCAGAACGCCGUCACCCUCCAUACUUAGUUAUAGUCCGUAGUCUAAUCUUAAUCAAAAGCCAACUAACUUAAUAUACUUAGACGCACUUGUUAACUUAAAUAAGACAACAACGAAUAAAGACAAUACCACAUA